AUGGCAGGGAAAGCUGGCAUCGUAUUUGCGAUGCCUUUGUUGCAAAUGCGACCAUCACAAUUGCAAGCUGGGAGUCGCAAAUGCGACUUCUGCGUCUGGUAUUGGAGAUGCCUCCGAAAUGAGCCAGCCUCGGUUGGGGAAGAGACUGAGUCCCCGAUUCCCAAAUCGGGGAAAGAUAACAAGAGGAAAAGGGCUUCGAAACCCGAAGACCCCCAAGAUAAGAGGGCCCCUACUCGAAAGCUAAGGAGGAAACUUAUUCACGUAGACGUAGAUUCGGCCUACCAGUUACUGGAUGAUGAAGGAAACGAGGGCGAAGAAUUGGCACCAGUGAACCGAACUAGGAAACCAGUUGAGGCCGCCAAACCUUCCAUACCGGAGACCUUACCUCGUGAUGAGGAAACUCCGAAGGAAGACUCAGGCAAAGCUCCCGAAUUGCCUGGGGAUAUUACCAAGUUCAGGGCCGAGCUGAGCCAAUGUGAGGCCAAGCUCAAGAAGUCUUCGGAUGAAGAGAAGGCCCUGAGGCUACUUUGUAGCCAAAAGGAGGAGGAUCUCAAGGACCUUCGGGCUGAUUUGCUACAACAAAAAUUGGAGAUGAUCGCGCAGCUUCGGGGCGAGGUCGAUCAGGUUAAUGCUGACUGCAACCGAUGGAAGGAGGACAUGGAUCAGCUUCCUGCUGAUAAAAAAGCUGCUCUAGCCCAACUGGCCCAGGCCAAGAAGAUUGAGGAGCUCGAGUCCAAACUCGCUGAAGCCGGGGCUGAGGUUGCUGAAGCCAGGGCCGAAGUGUGGAGGACGAAGGCCAUGGCUGAUAAAACCAUCGUCGUGUACUUAAGGGAUGUUGAGGCUAUUCAAGCAGAGCUAAGGGAGGACUACGACCAGGAAAAAUGGAGUAAUGAUUUGGCCAAGUUUCUCGUUUCUUCCAAUGAUGAAGAUUCUGUUAGUGGUUUUGAGAGCGGGGAAAUGAGGAUGGAGUCACCGAGGAGGAGGUUCCCGAAGAUGGAGUCCCCUAGGAGGAGGUUCCCAAAGAUGCAGCCCCCGAGGAUGUGGCUCCUAAAGUAG